AUUAUCGACUUAACCUUGAAACUCAAGUCAACACCAACAUUGGGAGUUGUCUGUAUUUUCUUUGUUUGUCAACAACUUCAGAAUAUUUUAGUGUUGUAAUUAUCUUAACUAUUAUGAUCAAAAUUAAUUUAAUUCAUGUUAUUUUCCCAUAGAAACUGUUAACUUGUUGAUUUAGUGCAAAAAUGUCUACUAAGAAAGAGGAAAACGACCAGCCAGCCUACCAUUUUCAAGAAGGUGAAAGGGUGCUCUGUUUUCACGGACCUCUAAUCUAUGUGGCCAAAUGUCUGCAAUCCAGAUAUGAUUCUGUGAAUAGUACACCCGAAUACCUGAUACAUUAUUCAGGUUGGAAUAAAAGCUGGGACGAAUGGGUUGCUGAAAGUCGAGUACUCAAGCACAAUGAAGCCAAUGUCCAGAAACAGAAAGACCUCUACAAAGCGCAGAAAGCUGAACCCAAGAAAAAAAAGAUCGUCAAGAAGGUAAGCAGCAUGGUGGGUGUAGAGACAAGCAGUGUGGCAACAGCGGACAGUUCGAGCAGUAAAACAGAGUUGGCAACACUGGCACCGACCGAAUGUGACGUCACAAGAAGGCAGAGUCCGCUACAAUGUGACGUCACGAGAAGGCAACGCACUGGUCAAAAGGUCGCAUCAGUUGAGAGCGAGCAACAGUUCCUGUUGAAGGUGGAAAUCAAGGUCCCUCUGCCUGAUCAACUCAAGCCAUGGCUAGUUGAUGACUGGCAUUUAAUCAACAAUAACAAAAAGCUUAUUGAUUUACCUGCAAAAAUAACCGUGGACCAAAUCCUUGAAGAUUAUACCAAAUAUAAGACAAUGAGCAAAAGUAGCAACCCAAAUAAUGAAUAUGCAGUAACUGAAGUUAUGAAUGGAAUACGGGAUUAUUUCAAUGUGAUGCUUCAAUCUCAGCUGCUCUAUAAAGUCGAGAGAGAUCAGUGCAAUAAAUUGAUAGCAGAUUAUCCCGAUACGCCUAUGACAAAACUCUACGGAGCUCAACAUUUGCUGCGGUUGUUUGUGAAACUUGGAGGUGUGCUAGCUUACACCGCCUUGGAUGAGAAGUCUGUGCAGAUACUUCUGGCCAAUUUUCAGCAAUUUCUUAGGUUCCUUCAUAAGAACGCAAGCACAUACUUCAAUCUACAGUGUUAUUCAACCACAUGGUGUGAUAAUCAAAAGAAAAGUUAACUAUAAAACUAAUGAUUGAUUCAACCAACAAAUCAGUUAACUGGAAAACUGAUGCAUUAAUGUUAAUACUACAAAACAAUCUAUUUUUACCUGAUAAUCAGUGGACUUAACUGGGAAAUACAGUCAAGUUAAUUAGUGAAUUAGACAAAUAAACUAUCACACUAGUUAACCAGGUAAAUCACAUGAAGUAACUUUCUUGUUUACUUGAGCAAUAAAUCUCCUUGAAAAACAAAUGAAAGAACUAUCUGACAAAUUAUAUAAGUGUUGUUGAUAAUUAUUAUGCUUAAUGCUCAGUAUCAAUAAUACUAUAUUAUCAAUAUGUUGAUAAAUCCAUUAUGUGUGAUAAUAAUAUUGUGCCAGGCACACUAAAUAAAACUAUUUUUUGUUGAAAAAAUAUAUAAAAAUUGGGGGAAACUUUGUUACCUAAUGAGUUGAGACAAAAGUGCAAUGCAUCUAAGAAAUUACUUUGAAAAAGUAACAUGUGAUUUGUAAAAUGUGAUUGGAUAAGGGAAUAUUAUAUUUUUAAUGUUUAUUUUGACUA